UUCACUAACAUUUUAAAGCGGAUGGAAUUAUAUCGAAAAUAAAUCAUUUCACACGUUGAGAGCAGAUGUAACCGCCCCUCCGUCUAUACAUUCCUACUGAAGAGACACGUAGAUCUAAGUAGACGCUGUCAACAGCGACUGUGUGACGGAGGAACAGGUGAGGGCCAGCAUGCUGUACAACGCAUCUAAGACGGACCCGACAGGCAUGCGUCCUUACGGGCACUUUUUUCCCGACAAACACUACACGAAUUACUUCCCUCCACACCUACUCACCUACAACGGAGAGACAAGGAACUUUUCGGUUGCUAUGGCAACCACGCAACCUUCAAAUGCCUCGGAAUGGCAGCUAUAUCGGGUGCUACAGCGGGCAAACCUACUACAGUAUUACGACACAUUCAUAGCGCAAGGUGGUGAUGAUGUACAACAGCUGUGCGAGGGCGAGGAGGAAUUUCUGGAAAUUAUGGCCUUGGUGGGGAUGGCAUCCAAGCCGCUCCAUGUCCGACGCCUUCAGAAGGCACUACAGGAAUGGGUAGCCAAUCCAGGUGCAUUCCAGGGACCAGGAACAACACAAUCUUCAAGCCCCGCCCCCGGGAGUAUCACUGCGGUGGUGCGGGACCAGAACCUCGGCUACAUUCAUUCCACACCCCCUACAUCUGUGGUGAACGCUCCUACUUGGAACCCCCAACCUGCCCCCCGGAGUGUCAGCCCAGCGGCCCCGGCCCCCGACGCCCCCAGUCCCUCCUCGGGGUCUCCACAGAGUGACAUGAAGGAUAUACCUGUGACGAUGAGUGGUCUCCAAGACGACCUUGGUUUAAACAUGUGCGGUUAUCCCAUGCAAACAAGUCAACAUUCCUCGUCCCCCUUGCCAACACCCGUCCUCGUUGAGAGUCAGAUUCAGUCCAUUGCAGAGGCUGCAGCUCAACUCUCGAAGGAGUUACCUCCCUUUGAUGCUAAAGAACUCAAUAUGAAGAAACAGAUUAAUCGUGAAAUACAACAGUCUGUGAUGCAACUGACAGACGACGACCCGUCGCGACUGGAUGAACUUAGGAAGUAUGCAGCCAUAUAUGGUCGCUUUGAUUCCAAGAGGAAAAACGAUAGGCCGAUGUCAUUACACGAGAUUUCGGUUAAUGAGGCCGCUGCCCAGUUAUGUCGCCAUAUACCUACAUUACUGACUCGUAGUGAAGACUUAUUUCCACUGGCAAGACAAGUUGUUCGUGACAGUGGUUACCAAUAUUCAAAAGGGCAUUCCAGGGCUGCCGAUGUAGUUGUGUCAAAGAAGCCACGAGUUGAUCCUGUUUUCCAGAGAAUGCACGACGCCAACCCCAAAACAGUGAAAGCAGAGCUUGACAAGAUUCAUAGAGAGGAGAGAAUGAAUUGCAUCAACCAGGACAUGAAACGAAUUAAGGAUCGACAAGAGGCCAUAAAAACUGAGAUUGUAACAGCCCGUGACACACAAAACAGCACUCUAGUGCAGAAGCUCCAGCAGGAACUAGAGACAUUGACAGCCCAGCAACUCGCUCUUCUUACAGAACAAGGCGAGAUUCUUCGUAAACAGAAGCGUUCAGAAAGGUAUCUUAUGACGAAACCAGAAAGGCCAUGCGGGCAGUAUGGCGACGAUGAUUUCACAGAUUCUUCCAACUUUCCAAGUGGCAACUCUUCCCCGAUGAACUCACAAGACGGAACUGAACUGGACUUUACAAAAGUAGCAGUUUAUGCAGCAAACUUCCGUUCUUCAACUGCUCAAAAGUUCAUGCAAGAGACCUUGUUUGACGAGGGUUUGAGAAUUGCUCAACAGUACGGCAUGGCUGAUUUUGCAGAGGAGUUAAAGGAACUGAAAUCUAGAAAAAUUCCCAAAGAAAAUGGUCAAGAUUCAGAUUCAGAAAUGUCAGACACUGCGAGUGAUUGUGGGCAGAAUGUACGGAAGAGAAAACAUUCUGACUCUGAAACCCUUCUUGAAGAGAGGAAUGGGAAAAGGGAAAAAGAUGAUUUGUCAUCGGAUGUGAAACUUCAGCAUAACAAUAACGAGGCGGACAUUGCUCAAGCUCCAAAGUCUGCUGGCUUCGAUACAUCCCAGCAAAAUUCCCUGCAGUCCACUUCAAGUGAAGAAAGCGACGACGACGAUGAUGAUGAUUCCAUACAAGGCAAGAAGGGCUACAUAGCUCGGCCGAAUCACAACGGAAUCAGAAACGAAAUUUCUGAACCUCUGCAAAAUGGGGACUGACAUACGCUUCUUGCAAGACAAUAUGAUGGCUGUGGCGUUAAAAUUAUCUGUGAAUGUGUGUGUCGUAUGUGAAAGCUGGAAAAGCAAUUCUGUGAAAUCUACAUUGAAAUGUCACGUUGUUUUCGCCAAGAAUGUGACUAGUACAUCCUCAGAUCAGCAUAGGUACUUUUUUUCAACCAAGUCCAAGACUUGUUUCUGAUUGGUCAGAUUCUUGGCGAGACUGUUGUACUCAGUUUGUGAUUGGUCCGUCGAACAGACCGCUGUUUAACUUUAUUUUGUCACCUUUGACUCCUGGGAGACACUAAAUCUAAGGGGAGACAACUCUGACAGGAAGGCGUAGAUAUUAGCCAAUCACCCAAUGCUGUUUCUGUACAAGUUGCCUCUCCUGUGAUGGAGUCGAGAUCAUUGUCAUCAGUGGCUUUAUUAUUAUUCAGACAUUUUCGCUUCCAGCGUUACAAUUUGAAAAGUUGUACAAGCCUUCACCAUCUGUUGCCAAACUCAUUAGUUACCAUGGAAACAGUACCUUCAUCUAUGCUAUUACCAACCUAACACUUAUAAAAUAUUUUUAAUUAUCAUUGUGAUAAAAAUUUUGACUAGAUAAUUCAUUAUAUACUAACAGUGUUAGGGGAAACAUGAUACCGAAAUCCAAUACCAUGAAAUAUGUUUUCAGGUAAAUACUAUUCUACAUAGGGGUUUCAAAUCAGUUUAAAGGUGGUACAGUCAUUUCCAACUGAAAGUUUAUGUCUUCACAAAAUAUCUGAGAUGCAUGGAAAAGAGAGGGAUCAAAAUUGAAACACAACACUAAGGAAUGAAUUGAGAGAUACAAAUACUUGUAUAAGAGAAACAAAAUGUAUCCAAACUGACAAUACAAAGAUUUGAAUGUAAACCAAAAAAUAUAUCAUUUUGAGACAUUUAAUAUUAAUAGAGAAAAUUGACAGAGAUAUUGAGGUUCUGUUUCCAUGGUUACGGUUGCUGCUGCUUGUGGCUUCCUCACGUCUCUCCUCUGCAAUGGAGAACUUGUCCUGCUCUGGGCAUACAUGCGUAUGUGCGUCGUGCAAUGUGUUGUCAUGUAUUUAUUUGGAGAAACAGACAGUUUUUGUCUUGCCGUUGUACAUAGUUAUUUAUUUUCAUUAUUGAGAUCAUGUAGUUAGCUUGGCCGAGCAAGCAGAAUCGAGACAAAAAAUCAUGGUUCAAAUUAUGGCCUUCCUUCCUGUUGGUCUGUUCACUCCAGUGUUGUAGCAACAACUGUUUCCAAGAGAUUUUCUUGUAGCAGAGUUGUCUUGUUCUAUUUCAUGCUUCUCUUAUACACUCUAUCACAUGUAUAGUAGACAAUGGAAUAAUAUUUGGCCAUUUUCACGAACAGUCAAACUACAGCACUGAAAUUAUGCAUGGGGAGAAAACAUGGAAACAAUUAAACUGAAAAUGGUAUUUAUUAUCUAAAUUUGAAUUCUGGAAAGUAUUGACUGAUUUUGUAAAAUAGUUGUAAAAGUGGGAAAAUCCAGAAAGAUGUCAGUGAACUUAAGAAGUUGUGAGUUGUAGCCUUAGAAACUGACUCAACAGUACUCGAGAAUCUCAAAAAAACAUUCAGGUGUUAAAAAGUACUCUUCUGGUGUCCUGAAAAAAGACGCAAACAUGCAAUUUUUCUAAUCUGAAGAGAUCAGGACAUUUACACAGAAUGGAAUUGAAUUCACAAGAGCAGAAAAGCCAUUUAUCACUCAUGUUCAUAUCAACUAUGUUAUUGCUGAUGUUAAUUUGAAUUUUGAGGGUAUUCAGUUUCAAUGUAGUUAUUUUCAUGAAUAUUACAAGAAGAGAUUUGUAAUAGUGAAUUGUUUCCUGUUUGACACUGACUCCAGUUGAAAUACUUUUGGCUGUCUAUCGCAGUUAUCAUGGGGGUUUUGUAGCUUGGAUGAUGUCACUUUGUGUCAUACCAUCCAUCUUCUUGACCCUCUCACUGCUCUCGUAGACGUACCGAGCCAAAUCUACAUGGGUUUGCGGAAAUAAGAGUUUAUGACCAGACAGCAUUAUGAUUUAUUUUGAUGAGAUGCAAAAAUAUGGUUCCGAUUAUUCAACCAAACUUUUUUGGUGUCUUUAGCAGACUGAUCUCUUUGUCUUCUGGCAAACAAUGGGAUUUUUUUUCAAAAUAGUAAGAAAAGUACAUUUGUCUGGCUAAGGAAGAUUUGAUUAAUAAUCAUGACACAACAUUUAUCAUUCUAAGCGUAAUUAAGGAAAAUAAACAGGAGAAGUGUCAAAACUUGAAACAUUCUGAAUACAUUAGCUUUAUUUAUUUAAGACUGAAAACUUGCUUUGCGCUUAUCUUUUGAUUUUCAUGGCUUUGUCCUAGAUGAAAUAUGGGAAGCGUUUCUGGUGUUUUGAAGAAACAGAUAUACUCAAUACUAUGGUCUCCCCACAGUGAUUACACUCUGACAUAAUUGAUUGGUGAAUACUACUGAAACAGUGACCUAGGACUAGAACUAGGAUGUCUCACACUAUCACCAAUACCAAGAAGCAAAGAUAGACACAUCUUGUCACUUUAGCUUCCAAUUUAUGUUUCUAGACAGGAUUUUGUAUCAAAUAAGCAUUUGUGACAUAUAGGCUAAUAUCACUUCAUAACAAAAGCUAAGACCUUUCCACGUCAAAACACUUAAAUAUGUUUAAAUAGAGACAGAAGGGAUAAGCCAUUGUUUUCAGUGGUCUAACAGUGGUGGCCCACAUGCAUAGUGUGAGAAACUAUUUUUUGUCUCUAUUUCUGGUGAUAUUGCUAAACAAUUUCUAACAGCAGCAUAAAGCACGCAUUCAGUUCAUGGAUCAGAGAACCUCCGAAUCUGCUGGAACCAGCUGUGAUGACAGGGGUCUUGGAUAUAAUGAUUUCGACAGCAGUAACAACUAAACACGGGUCCAAGAAACUGGAACAUAUUUCAUCUCAACCAUGUUUACUAUAUUGACUUUAUGUAGGUGAACAUUUUGAGUGUUAUGUGGAGUGAUAAAUGCCUAUAUUCCCAACAUAUCAACACUGAACAAUACAGGUAAAGCUGAAGACAGAAUCAGUCAAAUUUAACACUGAAGAUUCAAAACUGUUCAAACAAAGAUUUUCAUGUCGUCAUAUUGGGCUUAAAGCUAAUUCUUCAGACAAAACCGUCUCUAUUGCUUUUGGUAUGUGAUAGUUGUCUUCUACUCCCGUGAUCAGGUAUGGAAGUGUAUGAAUACGUUGUUUAUGAAGAAGCCAUGUGCCCCCAGAUCGUCAUGAUAUAUAUAUUAUAUAUAUACACUGUGAAAUAGUUGAAGCAACAAAAAACAUUACAUUCCA